UUUGAAGAAUCAAGUCUCCAACAUGACAGGCUCCUCUUGUUUGGUUAUUGGUUAUGCUGGAACUGUGGCAGCGAGCUUCUUACGUUCGAUUGAACCGGUUGACUCUUCUUCCAAUCCAUUCCGUUCGACGCACUACUGUUUGACGCACUACAGCUGUAGACUACUUCUUCGGAACAGCGGCAGUUUUUCUUGCAAGGGCAUCCAUACUCCGUGUAAACAUCGAAUCUCCAUUCGCGCCAAUUCUUUGAAAAUAAGCGCCAGGUGUGCUUACCAGACCACAACUAUGCAUCACUGCAUGCCCUCCUCACCCCAGUUGCAGUUGCAUAAAGCGAAAGCUACCACUACUACUAGUAGUACUAAAGAGGAGUCAGAAAAGGUAGUAAGCUUAGGCAAAGAAGAGUGGAAACCACAGCUAUCACAACUGUUUCUACCGUAGUUUUAACAGGAAUCUAUAGCUCGCUUGCUACCGCUACCGCAACUCUAGCUAUUUUAUUUUUAAAAAAUAGAGUGGGGAAGUUAUCUUCCGUACGGAAUCCAGCUGCAUCCAGCCCACAGCCAGAUUGAUCUGCCACCAAGCACUGCUGACUGCUCCCUUACCAGGUACCAGGUAUUAGCUUACAUGUACCAUGAAACGAAAACGAAAACGAACGUAUACUGAAGACAAAAAACAGGGAAGAAACCUUAGGCAGAAAAAGAAGAGACGGAACAAACGAAGAGCCAAAGCCAUGCACCAUGCCCUCCAAAACACACUAAAGUGUAUGGGUAAAAACGAGUAUGUUGCCUUCAACGCAGACAGAUCGUGCCCUGUAAUGGAGAAAGAGAGAGAGUGUAAAUGGUGCGAUCACCGAGCCAGUGAAGGGGCCAAAAAGGACUGUUUUGUGUGUGGACCAGUUAGUCUGCAGAAGCGAAGUCAUGGCAUCAAAGACCUCGAAUUCAAACCGACUCUUCAUUACAAGAAUGUUGACACUGACAAAGGUUGCCAUUUUGUCCAAUGCGCUUCUUGCAAAAUCUUCCAAUGCAUGCGUUGCUAUUCUGGAUUUAUGGAAGCAAUGAAACAGAGCAAGGACGGAAUCCACGACGACACGGUGGCACGGAGUGUCAAAGUUUUGACGGUUGACUUGCCCCAGCUACUGAAAGACAAACCCAAUCAGCAGCACAUCAUUCAAAUUGAGCCCCAUUUAAUGACAUGCUGUACUCAGAAGAAGAAGUUUUCAGCAUUCUUCAAAGAGAGUAAAUGCCUCAGAGGUAGUGAGACCGAAUGGGAACUAAAACUAUUGGGCCCGGACACCAACAACCAACAGACCGAAACACAUCGAGAAACAUGUCGAAACCAAGAGAGCACGGAACAUGCCGAACCGGUUCCUCCCACGAUGGGAUACAUGGUGAUGGAAGAAGGAAUCGCCAUUGCUCCCGACUUUACAUGCACGCAUCUACAUGCCUUGGCAGGAAAGCAUGCCUGUGGACACUUGGUAAUCAACCACCGCGAAGCCCUGCGACUCAACGAGGAAAAGCUCUCUUUUGAAGGCAAAUUAACCGAGGCCGCAUGUGUACGCACGCAAACAUUGAAGAUUCUCAUGCCAGGUACAGGGCCAAGGGGGGAACGUGAAAUGAAAACAAAAGUUCAGGUAGUGGUUUUGAACAAGCCCAAAACACCAAUUCACUUGACAAAGGGUUCAAUGACGCUUGAAGGGUUGAAGCCCAUGGCUGUUAAAUCUAUAGUCUGCUUUGACUCCGAGUACUCAACAAAAUUGAAGAACGAAGGCGUGGAUGUCUUGGCUGUGUUUUCGUCCAGUGGAAUGCUUCUCUUUGGAGGAUUGUUUGGUGAUGCCUUUGACACCAAACGGUUCAAAAAAGGUGAUCACGGCAGUGGAAUCUUCUUGGAUCUGUGGAGUUGCCUUUCAGGUUCAAAGAAACAUGAGAAAAAGCGAACAGGUGGGGCCAAUGGAUUGGCUAAGGAGCACAUGUUAGAUGUUAUCUACAUGAUGGGCAAUCCAGGAGUGACUGGCGGUCGGGAGAAAAGGGCAGUGGCUCACACCAUCAUGGGUACGGAAGUCAAGGUCAGUUACUUCAGUACGAAACAGCAUAAGAUGGUACACUUCAAGUAUAGUGUUGCCAAGCCAGGUGGGCAAUUGGUGCUCACACAAAAUCAGUAUCAAGGCCUUCAGGAAAACACAAAGGGUUGGGUCAAACAGUUUGUCUUGAACAAGGCAUUCACGGCGGAGUUGUUAAGGUCACUGAAUACAAGUGAAGAAUUUAAGAGAUUGCUUGGUUCUGGUGUGUCGUUUGCUCGUGAUGUACAGAAUGUCCAAUCUGCAUGCAACGAUGCCGCUGGUAGAUAUGCAGCCAAGCAAAAGGGCGAGGGUCGGCUUGAGCCCCUGCAGGACUUGUUUGUGGAAUAUCUUGCCCGCAGUUGCAUAUUUACAAUUCUGGCUCACCCUGUUGGCUGGCAUAAGGACCGCGCAGGCCAUCAAGUGAAUGGGCACAAAGUUUUUGUGGAGAACAAGGAAUUGUUUGUUCUAACCGACCCUCCUCCUGUUUUUGGACGCUAUGGUCGUGGUGGUUGUCCAAGUGGAGGCUGCGUUGGGGCCAUCAUUGACCACACAUGGCUGCAAGUAUUGGAGGCAGUUGCCAAUGACGAGGGUCUUGCUUGAAGCAUAGGACUACUAGUAAAGUAAAUCGACUUUUUAACGACAC